AUGCCGGAGAUGCUGAGUCAUUUGGCUGCGGGGAGGCAUAUAGUCUGUGAUAGAUACAUCUUCUCUGUCGUGGCCUACACUGCUAUGAAGGUGACUGUGGACUUUGAAUGGUGCAAGAGUGUGGACGUUGGUCUACCGAGGCCUGAUAUGGUCAUGUUCUUGGACAUAAGCCCGGAGGCAGCUGCUAAGGAAGGAGAGUAUGGUGAGGAGCGGUAUGAGAAGGAAUCGCAAAUGCAGUCUUUGCUGCAUCCUUUGAAUGCUCUACAUUCCGUGGAGGCUUGUCUUUGCUAA